AUGGUGGACUGGCUGGAGGACAACCCCAUCCUGUGGAACACACUCAUGAUGGACUACAUGUGCCGGGACAAUAAGAAGAAGCUGUGGGAGGACCAGGCUGCCCUCAUGGGGAAAGUCGUACGAGACCAUUUUCACCUGUUGAAGGCUACCAUUGAGGCUCAUGCUGGUGACCUCGAAGCUGCUGAGGCUGCCUGCGCUGAGGUUGGAGCUGCCGCCGUGGAGCUGGACACCACCACCCUUACCUCUUCACGCAAGCAGCGGCGUCCCCAGGAAGACCCGGACAUCCCCCUCCUCUCCGCCCUACAGGAGAGCGUCCAGCAGUCAGGGGAGCUCCUGAAGGACCUCACAGCACAGCGCCACCCCGUCAAGCCCACUGCUCGCAGCGCCUUCGCCAACUACGUCAAGGACAGUCUUCUCACCAUGUCUGAUAAGAAGUACAAGACGGCAAUGAGGGACAUCAACAAGGUGCUGUCUGACCUCAUGCUGGUGGACAGUGACGAGGAGGACAUGGAGAUACCGCCCAUGAGGCCCACCCUGGCAACCCCCAACAUCCCUCAGUCAGUGCGGCCAUCUUCAGCACCUGCGUUUGGCGCCGCCUCAUCCUCAUCCCCAUCUGAGCAGUACCAGCCAAUGCCUGCCAUGUGGAAACACCAGCCACCACCUUCUUCAGUGUGGAACUCCCAGACACCGGAGUACAUGGAGAGGUACUUCCAGCAGCCCGACCUGCACCAGCAGCCCCAGCAGUACCAGCCAAUGCCUGCCAUGUGGAAACACCAGCCACCACCUUCUUCAGUGUGGAACUCACAGACACCGGAGUACAUGGAGAGGUACUUCCAGCAGCCCGACCUGCACCAGCAGCCCCAGCAGUACCAGCCAAUGCCUGCCAUGUGGAAACACCAGCCACCACCUUCUUCAGUGUGGAACUCCCAGACACCGGAGUACAUGGAGAGGUACUUCCAGCAGCCCGACCUGCACCAGCAGCCCCAGCAGUACCAGCCAAUGCCUGCCAUGUGGAAACACCAGCCACCACCUUCUUCAGUGUGGAACUCACAGACACCGGAGUACAUGGAGAGGUACUUCCAGCAGCCCGACCUGCACCAGCAGCCCCAGCAGUACCAGCCAAUGCCUGCCAUGUGGAAACACCAGCCACCACCUUCUUCAGUGUGGAACUCCCAGACACCGGAGUACAUGGAGAGGUACUUCCAGCAGCCCGACCUGCACCAGCAGCCCCAGCAGUACCAGCCAAUGCCUGCCAUGUGGAAACACCAGCCACCACCUUCUUCAGUGUGGAACUCACAGACACCGGAGUACAUGGAGAGGUACUUCCAGCAGCCCGACCUGCACCAGCAGCCCCAGCAGUACCAGCCAAUGCCUGCCAUGUGGAAACACCAGCCACCACCUUCUUCAGUGUGGAACUCACAGACACCGGAGUACAUGGAGAGGUACUUCCAGCAGCCCGACCUGCACCAGCAGCCCCAGCAGUACCAGCCAAUGCCUGCCAUGUGGAAACACCAGCCACCACCUUCUUCAGUGUGGAACUCCCAGACACCGGAGUACAUGGAGAGGUACUUCCAGCAGCCCGACCUGCACCAGCAGCCCCAGCAGUACCAGCCAAUGCCUGCCAUGUGGAAACACCAGCCACCACCUUCUUCAGUGUGGAACUCCCAGACACCGGAGUACAUGGAGAGGUACUUCCAGCAGCCCGACCUGCACCAGCAGCCCCAGCAGUACCAGCCAAUGCCUGCCAUGUGGAAACACCAGCCACCACCUUCUUCAGUGUGGAACUCCCAGACACCGGAGUACAUGGAGAGGUACUUCCAGCAGCCCGACCUGCACCAGCAGCCCCAGCAGUACCAGAUGCUGCCUCCUCCAACCCACACUAUCCUGCAGCCGCGGCAGCGUACACAGCAGCCCUCCUCCACCGUGUCCUAUUUGCAGCAGCAGGAGGAGCAACAGCAGCAACCUCGAUCCUCUUCCUCCUUCGUGUCCUGUAUUUCGAGUACAGCUGCAGCGACACUGCAUUCGCCCCUCCCCUUCUUGGCUGGUAGCAUUAAUUUGGGGAACAUUUCAAACCUUUCGGCAGUGUUGGACACGAGCCUCCUGAACGAUGCUGAAGGGCCAAUGGGCACUCCACCACCACAAGACCAGUAG